AUGAGCGACGGGGGUGAGUGGGUGGGACUGCCCCACGUGCGGCCCACCGUCGACAUCUCGAUCCUCAAAGGUGAGAAGGAUGAAGCAGGGGUCAGAGGCCGCUCCAGCAGGAGCAGGAAGGAGGGCCCGCCCGGCUCCCGGGGCCUCCGUGGCCACAAGGGCCAGAAGGGGCAGGUGGGGCCGCCGGGCACCCUGUGCCAGCAUGCCUAUGUGGCCUUCUCGGUGGGCUGGCGAGAGGGGCUGCACAGCACCGAUGCCCUCCAGGCUGUGCCCUUCGACAUGGAGCUGGUGGACCUGGACGGUGCCUUCGACCUGGCCUCCGGCCCCUUCCUCUGUGCCGUGCCCGGCGUCUACUUCCUGAACCUCAACGUGCACACCUGGAAUUACAAUGAGACGUACCUGCACAUCACGUGCAACCGGUGGGCCGCAGCCAUGCUAUAUGCGCAGCCCAGUGAGCGCAGCAUGAUGCAGACACAGAGCCUGCUGCUGGCGCUGGCCGAGGGUGACGCUGUCUGGGUGCGCAUGUCCCAGAGGGAUGGCGACAACGCCAUCUACAGCGAGCGCGGUGACCUCUACAUCACCUUCAGCUGCCGGACGCUGAGCUCUAGCAGCUCCAACGCCACAUCCAGCCCUCAACGGCAGUCGUUCCCAGAGCCCUGCAGCCCAGGACUGAUGCCAGCUGAGAUGGAGCACCAACUGCAUGCAGACGCUGAGCUGAACACAGGGCUGUGGCAGGAGCAGGACAGACCCGGGCCUGCCCUGCUGGAGAUGACACAGAUGAAGGUUUCACACCAAGACAUUCAGGAAGCAGACCCUUGUUCCAGGCACGUGGUCCUGGACUCCCCUGCCACCCUGACAGGGACCCAGACCCACUGCAUGCUGCAGGCCAACCUGGCUGGGCGGGGCCAGGAGAGCAGCCCCUGUCUAGCAGCUUCAGACAAAGCCUGGGCUCUUUCUGGCUCCUUGUGUGGCCUCAGCUCCCCUGUCCGGUAUCAGGGUGCAGAGCCCUCCAUGCUGCACUGGGCACUGAGGGUGCAGGGCCGGGGCCCAGCGCCCUAUACCCCGUAG